GCAAGGCCGGCUUAGAAGGGUCACGUGACGCCGCGCCUGCGCAGAGCGGUCACGUGGUGGCUAGCCGGAAAAUGGCGGCUUCGGGAGAGAGCGGGGCUUCUAGCGGCGGAGGCAGCACGGAGGAGGCGUUUAUGACCUUCUACAGUGAGGUGAAACAAAUAGAGAAGAGAGAUUCAGUUCUAACAUCCAAAAAUCAGAUUGAAAGAUUGACUCGUCCCGGUUCCUCUUACUUUAAUCUGAAUCCAUUUGAGGUUCUUCAGAUAGAUCCUGAAGUGACAGAUGAAGAAAUAAAAAAGAGGUUCCGGCAGUUGUCUAUAUUGGUGCAUCCUGACAAGAAUCAAGAUGAUGCUGACAGAGCACAGAAAGCUUUUGAAGCUGUGGACAAAGCUUACAAGUUGCUACUGGAUCAGGAACAAAAGAAGAGGGCCCUGGAUGUAAUUCAGGCAGGAAAAGAAUACGUGGAACACACUGUUAAAGAGCGAAAAAAACAGCUAAAGAAGGAAGGAAAGCCUACAAAUGUAGAGGAAGAUGAUCCUGAAUUGUUCAAACAGGCAGUCUACAAACAGACCAUGAAACUGUUUGCUGAGCUGGAAAUUAAAAGGAAAGAGAGAGAAGCCAAAGAGAUGCAUGAAAGGAAACGACAGAGAGAAGAGGAGAUCGAAGCCCAGGAAAAAGCCAAGCGAGAAAGGGAGUGGCAGAAAAACUUUGAGGAAAGUCGGGAUGGUCGAGUGGACAGUUGGCGGAAUUUCCAGGCAAAUACGAAGGGGAAGAAGGAGAAGAAGAAUCGGACCUUCCUGCGGCCACCAAAAGUAAAGAUGGAACAGCGCGAGUGACCAGCCGGGCCACGGCCAGAGCUUUCCCAGCUGCCUCCUUCUGCUUCAAGGACUCAUUUUUUCUCCACUUCCACCCCAACAUGAGUAGUGUUUGCUUUUUAGUCUAUUUUGUUUUAAAUACAAUUUAAUAUCAAUCAAAGUGAUUCUUUGUACAUUGAGAGGAGGGCUUGGUCAAACCUUCCCCCCUCCUUACCCACAGAGCCCCCAGGAUUGGAAGGAACCACCAACUCUUGCUGCCUUCUUUCCCCACAGCCUGUAAAUUAAAUGUUUCGUAUUUCACUGAGUGGUGGCUCGAAGGCCAUGUAUACUUUGUGGAGCUCCUCCAGCUAAAUGUCCUGCCUCCAGGGGUGUUGCCGUGACUCCACACCAGCCCGGGCCACCUUGGGAAGCCCCUUUGCUUGCUUCUGGGCGUGUCAUCCUUGAAACCCUCCAUCCAAUAGGAGAGGUGUUAAGGAUCCACAGGGCAGUCACUGGAUGCCCUGACGCCCUGCGUUGUUUGAGCGAGUCCUUCUGUCUGACUGGCCCGUCAGUCAGAGUGGCAUGAGGCUCCCAGCACUUAAACCUGUUCACUUUCCAAAGAGUUAGCCAUCUUCCAGUCCCACCCACUGUGUCUUCGCUUGUCUGCACUCGUUAGUAGUAAUAUUCUUUUACGUAUAAUAAAUUUUUAUACCCAA